AACGCGCAGGCGUAAAAAGUUAAGUGUUUCUAUCUGCACCAGAAAGGGAAGGGGGAUUUAAAACCAGGCUGACAAAAAUUAGAAGGGUUGGAAAUUCUCCAUAUCCACAAUCAAUUGUUUUAUCGAAGUUAGUUAGCUAUAUGUUUAGAAUAUUUACCCGGUCGCUAGUGCAUAAAAUUAUGCUUACUAAUUUUAGCUAGCAAGAAAGUUGCUUAAUUGUUGGCUACAAAGAAAGCGAACUUGUCUAAAUUUGUAUUUAUAGAGGAAUAUCUAGCGUUUAACUAUAAUGCAAUCAAUGAUUGUUGACAUUAUAUUUAUACAAUUUAGCUGGCUAGACAUUCUGCACGUGACAACUGAUUUUGGAACGUUGGAUCACAUCAAACAAUAAUAAAACGGAGAUAGCUAGCGUACUAUCUAGCUUGUUAGCACGCUAGCUAGCUAGCUUCCGUGCUUGUUAGCUAGUUGUUCGACCAGCGUGCACAUUACCUCCGUUACUUUGUGGAUUCUUCUAUCAAGAUCAUUAACUUGACCUCGUUAAUUUUGUACAGUGGAUCUGUAUAUAUUUGUUUUGGAACCAGCUAGCAGUUGGCUAAUGAUGGGGCCCCGACAUAGUUAGCCAUCUGAUACAAAUCAUGGGAGGAUGUGUUGGGAGAGAACGCGAGGACACACAGGGCCACGGUUCAUCCAGGAGCGGUGGAAGGACACACCGAAAACGUGGAGGUCGCAAUGAGCCCCUCAAGAAGGACAAGCCCAAGUGGAAGAGUGACUACCCCAUGACAGAGGGCCAGCUCCGCAGUAAGAGGGAUGAGUUCUGGGACACGGCCCCGGCCUUCGAGGGACGCAAGGAGAUAUGGGACGCCCUGAAGGCGGCCACUGUGGCCCUGGAGUGCAACGACCACGAGCUGGCCCAGGCCAUAGUGGAUGGAGCCAGCAUCACACUGCCUCACGGGUCCCUGACAGAGUGUUAUGACGAGCUAGGUAGCUGCUACCAGCUGCCCGUCUACUGCCUGGCCCCUCCGGUCAACCUGAUCACCGAGCGCAGCGACGAGGACCCCAGUGACAACCCCGAGCCGACCACCGCCCCCAAGAAAGAGUUCCAGCUCAAGGUGCGCCUCUCCACGGGCAAGGACCUGCGCCUUAGCGCCAGCAUGGCCGACCCCAUCGGGCAGCUGAAGAAGCAGCUUCAGGCCCAGGAGGACAUCGACACGGCCCACCAGCGCUGGUUCUUCUCGGGCAAGCUGCUCACGGACAAGACCCGCCUGCAGGACACCAAGAUCCAGAAGGACUUUGUCAUCCAGGUCAUCGUCAACCCGCAAGCCCCCAUUAACUAGGUCCCAGAUGAGAGUAGGAGUGAAGAGGAGGCGUGAUGGAGAGACCGGACUGGAUAAGAGGAACCCUGGAUAAUGGCUUUACCGCUGCUCUUUACAGCGGAGAGGUGAUUUGGGGAAUUAUAAGAGAUGAGUAACAGAAGGGAGAGACUCCAAAGUGCUGCUUUUCAAUGUCUACCAUUAAAGAGUGUGAUAUAUAUUUUUGAAUGCGUGACUUCAAUGUGGGAGGGUUGGUUGGUCGAUUUGAUUGAUCUAGCCAGACCACUCACUCUGAGAAGGGUGUUCUGUGUCACUCACCACACUAACUCUGGGGUCACACUGUCCACUGAGACCUCUACCCUCCUCCCCCUGCAAAAAUGACCCAACCCAAAUCACAGCAGAAUUGCUACCCCCCCCAGAUGUGAGACACUGCAGGUGGGAACUGCAUGGCAUGUGCAAGGGGUCUGCGCCUGCACUAACAGUAACUAAGUGCCAAUAUAAAUCGCAGAGUAAUUUGGAUCGGUUGUAAAGCACAUAUUCCCCCCCCCCCCGGCAUAGAUUCCUACCAUGAUCCUCCCUCAAGUGAAAUACAAACUAUUUUUCCUAUUCUUUUAAUAAGCUUUUUUUGCACACUUGAUUAUACUUGCGUAGUAGUUUGUGUGCCUUCAAGGAAGAAAGCGAAACAAUAUCCUAGGGGGAAAACUCUAGUUUUACUGCUGAAGUCUUCUGUCUCUAGAUUCAGGAAUAAUCUUUUCAUAGAUCUCGAAAAAUCCGAAGUAUACCGCUGCCUUUUUCGAUCAUUUGUCUUGUUUGUUGUUGAAGUUCAAAUUGACUGUGGUGUUUUCAUGGCUCUUUUCCACGUGCUGUCCCCCACAUCUCUUUUUAUUUUUUGUAUGUACUGUAAAGUGACAAUGAUUAGAGCCCCGCCCUCAUGCUGUGCCACAUAACAACCCCGAGGUGAAAUGUGAAGAUGAUUGGAGUAUGCCUCUGUUUUUAAUAUACACUGAGUGUACAAAACAUUAGGAACACCGUCCUAAUAUUUUGUUGCCCCCCCCCCCCCCCCCCUUUGCAGCCUCAAUUCGUCAGGACAUGGCGUCUACAAGUUGUUCAAAUGCUGGCCCAUGUUGACUCCAAUGCUUCCCACAGUUGUGUCAAAUUGGCUGGAUGUCCAUUGGGUGGCAGAACAUUCUUGAUACACACAGGAAACUGUUGAGCGUGGAAAAACCUAGCAGCAUCGCAGUUCUUGACUCAAACCGGAGUGCCUGGUACCCCGUUCAAAGGCACUUAAAUCUUUUGUCUUGCACAUUCACCUUCUGAAUGAUACGCGAACCCAAUCCAUGUCUCAAGGCUUUAAAACAAAUCCUUCUUUUAAGCGGUCUUCUCUCCCUCCAACCUGUCUCCUCAUCUACACUGAUUUUGAACUGGAUUUAACAAGUGACGUCAAUAAGGGAUCAUAGUUUUCGCCUGGUCAGUCUCAUGGAAACAGCAGGUGUUCCCAAUGUUUUGUACACUCAUGGAAGUGUACAAAAUAUGCUUGUCUGUCUCAGGUGGCACCUCACUGACCCCGAGGUGCUCCUUUCUCCUUCAUAUCUGUCCUUUUGCUUUUCUACCUCGCUCUCUCUCUAUCCCUCUAAGCACUUUGGGGGGCCCCCUCCCUCCCCCCAUAACCUGAGGCUUCACUAGCAGGGUGGUCAAGCUAAUUUUGGAUCCCCUUGUAUCCGGCUGUCGAAGCGGAUUCUGAGCCCCAGCCAGCCAACCCAGCGUAAAGUUAGCUGACCAGAGCUUAGUCCAUUCAGCACACAGACCGUAAUCCAUCCCCUUCCUCCCACACAAACAAAAGACAGGCCAAGCUGACUCUCUGAGCAGUAGCUGCCCCAGUAUGCCUCCUGAGCCUGGGCUGCCACAGGGAUGGCAAGGGGGUAGGAGUUGUUUCCCUUAACCACCAGACCCCCAAUCCUAACCUUAACCAUUAGGGAGGAUGAAAACUAUCUGACCCUGUAUGAGGGGUUAGAAGCGUCUUAUCUUUUAACUGCUCUGUGGGGAUGAUCGAGGGGCGAGGAUGUCUUUGCAGGAGGGUACCCAACAAACUGCUGCUGCUCACUCAUUUGACUGCAGGCCAGAUCGCGAAGAAGCAAACCAGACGGUAGUGAAGUUCAAUUCCCCUCUAGCCUUAAUGUGGCCUAAAAAAAUCAAAACAUAGAACACCGUACUUGUUGGUGGACGGUUACGCUGGAGAUGGAAAGACCUGUACCGUGCUAUUGUCAUCGUGGUUACCCAAUCAUUUUAGGUUUUUAUUUUUGUCUGCACAGGCAUCCUUUGAACGUCAUCCAUUUAGCUUCAACGGUUGAUUUCAUACCGUGCUGGGAAUAUAUUGAACAUUUUAUGCAAACUUGAAUAAGCAUUUCUCUGAACUUAACAAUGUAUUUAUGUGCAAUACAGACUAGACCUUGAUUCGUCCCACAUUUCAUAUGUAGCAUUAGCUAUGACUAUUGUAAACGUUCUCAAACACAGAACUUCACGUAGGAGCCUGCUAUGUUCAGAUUGCUUUGUCAUUGAACAAUCAACUUUCUUUGACCUUGUCCAGAGUUUCAUAUCGCUUUUGUCUCUGUUUGAAAUGUUGCCCCUUCUAGAAAAGUAUUUCAAAUGGCAACAUCUUUCUUUUAAUGGCAUGACUAUGAUAAUCAUGUACUCUCUGUGAAUUGGCUUCGGCCCCUGAGGUUAGCACAUCAUUUGGGCUCCUAAGACCUACCUUUGCAAUAGAGCCUCUUUUUUUUUACAAUCUCGACCCAUGUUCUGUUAGCUGGAAUCUCGACCCGUGUUCUGUUAGCUGGGUUGUUACGCUUUUCUCCGAAUGUGGCUCAAAUGUUGGCUUCAACUAUGGUCAUUUUGUAGGCGUAUGAGAGCUGCAACAAGAUACGCCGGUUUAACAUCAAGGUACAAUCCCUACACGAGACAGCAUAAAAAUAUAAACCUCACUGUAAUCAAUGUGAGGGAUCUGCUCGAUACUGCCAGUAAGGACGAAUCUGAUACCACAGAGCAUUGACAUCACACAAGGGCCGUGGUUCGAGCCAGGCCAGGGGAGCAGGAGAGCGAGGAAUAAAGAGACUUCUUUGUUACUUCUGAGACCUGUGAACCUCCCAUCACUGCAGUUGGACAUUUUCAACAACUGUCUAGGAAGGAUCCCUUAUGCAGACAAUUAAUCAGACACUAUGUUUUCGGGUUUUAGUAAGAACGUGCGAGUAUAUUUGUAUGUACUAUAUGCCUAAUACACGUUUGAUCAUUUGGGGUUCAGGUCAGGAGUUUCAUUUGUGUCUUUCUGUAGUGUCCAUAGUCAUCGUAUUUAGUUAUGGUACACAGGUGGACUCAAUUAUACAGUGGACUAAAGCAAGCAGGUAAAAAGCCAUAUGGCCACAGAUAUUUAUUUGGGUUUAUUUUGUGGACUACUAAAGGACACAAUGUAGACUGCUUUGUUUUCCUCUCGAACCUCCGAUACUAAGAAGCCAUUGCAUUUUAAUGAAGCGUUUUUCACCGGGGUGAAUCGAGAGGCACGCCCUUCCUCCACAGCUCAAAGCAGAAACAUGCUAAUUGCGCUUUUGAUGAUGUCAAUGAGGAUAUAGCCGUAUAAAGAUCUGUAUAUUUAGUCAUUUUGAAAAAUAAGUGAUUUAUUAGGAGAUUUCUGAUAAUUAAAUAUGCCUAUGACUUGUUUUACAAGUGACGUGUACAUUUAUAAGCUGAUUUCAUUUUCAACCUUAUUUUUAACUGUCAAAUAAAAUUAUUGGAAAAAUAAA